UGAAUGCUUUUCUCCUCAUCGCAUGCAGUUUCAUCAGAAGUACCAGGUCGGUUAAUCUGCCCUUGGCCUCUUCGGUGGCCUGGCUCAUCGUUCAGUCGGCUAGAUUGUGUUCGGCGUUAUGCGUGGACUGCAUGGUGGUACAUCUUGACGCAUUUGACGAUCUAGCGGUGACAAAUUACAGCUUAUGGACCUGGAAUGUGACAAACCAGGGUGUAUGUUAUCGUUUAUGUCACAACGAUCCCAAGUGUGUCAGCUUUCAACAUGCAACGGGAAGAUGUCGAGGAUACGCAGUGGCCUUCACGUUGCCCUCUCGGGUACAGAAUUCGGCUGAACCCGGAACUAGACUAUAUUUGAUGUGCAACGCUGUCAAUCACUAUGGCGCUCCAUGUACUUCCGGUACUGACUGUCACGGGAUCAACAGUGACUGUUUGGACGGAAUCUGCCAAUGUGAAUCAGGAUCAAUGUUCUCGGAAACGUCCUUCCUCUGUACACAAUAUUAUCAAGGAUGUUACUCUGACGAUGCCUCUCGUAUGCUCCCCCAUGCAGAGUAUAUCGUUCCUGGGAUGACAACGGAGUUAUGUAUACAGCACUGCCGAGAUGCAAACUACGUUUAUGCAGCCACACAGUAUGCUACCUAUUGCUACUGUGGAGACGUCCUUACCGACGGCUACCCCAAGAAGCCGGAGAGUGAGUGCACAAUGCCUUGUGGUGGGAACCCGACACAGAUCUGCGGCGGCGGUUGGAGAAAUUCCGUUUACCUCACCAACGUGUGAUACGUAUUGCGUACCUGUGUGGUGUUUCAGACGCAGCAUAGUUAAACGUGUGACGUACCGUACGCGUACCAUUGUGUAGUUGUCCUUGGAGAACGCGUGUACGCUAAUUGAACAGGUGUUUUGCGUCAAACAACGACACGUGUGGUACGUUUCAUAGGUACGCGUGAGGUACGUUAUACACGUAAGUGUUUUGUAUGUCACUCAUAUAAGCACGUGGUUGAAGGUGUAACAAGUAAGUGUGAGGUACGUCAUACAUGUGCUCACUGAGCUGCUAAUCUCUCGGCUGCAGUGUUAUUUCAAUUUGUCCCUUCGAUAAUGUAAUUUGUUAAAUAUAAAUAUAUUGUUUGAAAGGGUAUAUAACGAACCGUCAAAUCUAAAGUCGUUACGUAAAUCAGAAAAAGCUCCACUCCACUCGCAUGACGCUUUAUUGACAGUUAUAGUCAAAUCUGACAGUGAAAUAAACCUACCAUCACUGACGACAAAAAGUCGAACUGAUAGGGACACUCUCUAGACUGGAGAUGACAUAUAGCGCCACUGGUUAAAGAUCAAGGGAACUUUUCAUGUCGAUGUGGCACUGACUUUCUUUUCAAUGACAUCCUAUGUCAGCAUGUCUUCAGUUUUGUUUUAUCAAAGAAAUAUAAUUUGUUUUACUUUGUUCUAGAUCUGUUUGUCUAUAAAACUGAAACUAUUUUAUAUUUUGUGAACCUUGAUAGAAAUGGUCCAGAACUGGAUUUGGUUCAAGCAUUCAGUUUAAAAAGUUAAAUCAGACAAAAUGAGUUUAAAUUACAUACACCCGGAAACAAACCGUCAAUCGCCCCUGAAAAAGUUAAUCACUGUCACGCGAUUGUUAUUGGUAAAAUCAUUUUGGUCAUGACAUAAACAGUUACAUUUUGUACCCAUAGCCAAUUUGUGAAUGCUCGCUUGUAGUUCUGACACGUAAAUCACGUGCACGGGGAACUUGCAGCAAACCAUUCGCGACUCCUUAAAACCGCACUAUCAGUUAUCCUUUAAAACUAUAGUGGCAAUUCCAGUUUAUCCAAAGGUAGAGUGUGAGUGAGUUGAAUUUAACGCCGCUUUUAAUCGCGGCGUGUCAGCUUAAUGUGGAAGGAUUUUACUGCCACUUAAUACUCUUUUCGAAGGCAUCUGACACACUCCGACAUGAUG